AUGAGUUUGAACCACCUGCUGGAACAAGCACGUGGGCCCUGGGUUUGGGACGGGCUUCGGAUCGACGCUGCGUCAGAAGAUUCGGAUGUGGCUGAUCGAGUUGCUCGCCGGACCAAAAUUCAUCGAUCUGCAAUCGGUGCAUUUUGGCUCGCUUGCAUUGCAGUCUGCGUCGUGGUUCCGGCCUGGAAUUAUUUAAGAUUACAACGCUGGGUUUUCCGGCUGAGACAUUACCUGCGACAUGACGUUUUACGGCGAUAUCGGCAUAUUCAUGGGUCCCGAUUGUACCAUAAUCAAAGUUUAAAAAUCGCUUGCUUCUGGCUCGCUAUCACGGCUUUUUGCUCAUUGUUCCGUGCCGACGGUGACCUCGCACAAAUCACGAAACGUCUGGGCCGCAUUGCGGUCGCUUUGAUGCCACCAUUACUGUUUUUGACGUUACGGCCUUCUCCUCUGCCACAUACGCUCUAUUUGACGCUUGUUCCACUGCAUAAAUGGCUUUCCCGAGUCGUAGUGCUCAUUUCAGUGAUUCACACGGCGUUGUAUAGCUGGUAUUUCCUUGAAACGGGCGUUUUUUUAACUAAGAUGAAAAAACCGGCCAACUAUUGGGGGGUUGUCGCUCUGACAUUGUUUUUGUUGAUAGCUGUGACGUCUGUUUCACAGACCCGAAGACGUAACUAUCGGGCUUUUUAUUACGUGCAUUAUUUGUCGACGGUUUUUACCGUUGUCCUACUGCAUUUCCACGCACGUCCGCCCAUUCCAUACUACACGGCCAUGAACGCCACGAUUUUACUUGCCCAAAUCGUGUAUCGAGUUUGGCACACGGCUAAAACUAUGGUCUCCGUUUUACAAAUCUCGUCAACGCUCGCCAUUGUUGAGUUUCCUCUAAAGGAUCUCGUCAAAAAACCAAUUCUACCUUCCUCGCAUAUUCGCGUCAGUAGGUUUAAUGAGAGAUCUAUUUUCAGUCGCAUUUUUCACCAAUUGGUACCGUUUCAGCACCCCUACACGAUUGCGUCGUUACCUACAGAUGACACUGUUAAGCUCAUAGUGCGGUGUGGUAAAUUCCAACUUCGCAGCGGUAUGAAGCUUCUAGUCACUGGUGUAUUCGAGCCUCGCAUUGAUUUUUUACAAGUGCCGACCAAAACGCAACUUUUGUCAUCUCCAGAAGUCACUUUGCGCCAUAAUUCCCAGUUACGGUUUAUCGUCUCGGCAAGAAGAGCAUUCAUGGUCGUUGGUGGAAGUGCAAUCUCAUUUGGGCUACCGCUUCUGCGAAUCCUCAAUUUCAACGGUGUCACUGUCAGACUCAUAUGGGUUACUCGAGAUUUCAAAGAUUUGACGCUUCUCAAUCAUUUUAAAAACAAUUUCGAUGGCUUAGAAAUCUACAUCACUCAGCCAGUGGGCGGUGAACAGGAUCUUCAAAUUGACUACAUCGAUUUUGAAAAUAACUUGGAAAACAACGCCGAUACGAGAGAAAGGAGCCCCCUCUUAGGCUCGUCCCGAUCAGAAAGCAAAUACGGUACAACAUCAACGAUGCCAACUUCGUUCGAAAACUCUUUGGAAAAUCAUGGCAAGAGUAAUGAAGCAGAUGAGAUCGAUUUCACGCAAAUUUACAGUGUUGGAAACUUGAGGAGAAAAACCAAAUUCGAUAUGCUGUCGGCAGGAGCUAUCGAUAGCAGCGUGUUCCGGAAGCCUUCGGUUGUUACGGCCCCAGUUGAUCAAAUUGAUAGUGACAUUGAGGAUGGCGAACAAAUGGCGAACUCCAAUACAUUGAAAAUUCCAGCAGGCGUGAAAGUGUUCUUUGGCAGGCCCAAUUUGACAAACGCAGACUACCAGUGGUGCCUAGAGAGGGAAUGUAUUGGACCUUCCAUAACAAACGAUUGCUCUUACGAAGAACGGUUUAGACCUGGAGCAAAAGAUUUGUCACACGUCUGGGUCGUCGCUGCAGGUCCUCAUGGACUGGUAGAAAAUACAAAGCGUUGGGCAACAGAUGGCGGCCUGCACUUUCAUGAAGAAAGUUUCACCCUCUGA